AUGACACCCAAGACUAAAGACGGGCAUAUCUGGGAGCCUCACACUGGCUUUCAGAAGGGACUUGACAGUGACGCCGUUAUCUCGCCUCAACGAUCCAUUUCUUCUAUCAACAAAAUCUUCGACGUUAUAGUCAUUGGAGCUGGAUAUGCCGGUCUAGCGGCAGCUCGUGACCUCAGUCAAUUGAAUCAUUCUGUCCUUCUGAUUGAGGCACGCGAUCGAAUUGGCGGCAGGACAUAUACUGCCAAGAAAGAUGGUAUGAAAGACCUUUGCGAAUCUCAAUAUCUUGCUGACACGUUGGAGGAUUCCUUUACGAGAUGGGAGGGACUUGGGUCACUCAUCAUAUGGGCUACUUGUUUAGAGAAAUGA